AUCCCAGUACAAUGUUAACCCGACAUGUUAGAAUGUUAGACUUGUAUUCUAGUACUCAACAUUUACUUUUCUAACUCCUUAUCAUCAAUGUUUUCAUUCCAGAACUAAAUACUACACUGCUGUUGUUUUAUAACUUAGCAAUAUGGUGGUCACCACUAGCACAAUUGAGUUAGAGACAAGCAGAGCUGAACGAGAAUCUUUUGAUGAAACAAAACUUGGUGUGAAAGGGCUCUUGGAUUCUGGAGUGACAAAGAUUCCACGCAUGUUCUAUUCUACCAAGUUGGAAGGUUACACUGAGACAUCACAAAGUGGCUCAAAUUUGAGUGUUCCCAUCAUAGACCUCAAAGACAUACACACAAACUCAACCCUUCAUGUUGAAGUUCUAAACAAUAUUAGAAGUGCAUGCAAGGAGUGGGGUUUUUUCCAAGUGGUCAAUCAUGGUAUUCCUAUUGAGGUUUUGGAUGAGAUGAUUUGUGGAAUUCGUAGGUUUCAUGAACAAGAUGCUGAGGUGAGGAAAAGCUUUUACAGCAGGGAUAGUGAAAAGAGAGUAAGAUAUUUCUCUAAUGGUAGUUUGUUUAGAGACCUAGACCAGGGUGCCAAUUGGAGGGAUUCAAUUGCAUUUGUUGCAAAUCCUGAUCCUCCUAACCCAGAAGAAAUACCAGCAGUGUGUAGAGAUAUUGUGACUGAAUACUCAAAGAAAGUGAGGGCAUUGGGUGUUACAAUCUUUGAGUUAUUGUCAGAGGCUCUUGGUCUUGAUCCAUCCUAUCUUGAAAAAAUGGAUUGUGCUGAGGCACUUUUUAUUAUGGGUCAAUAUUAUCCAGCAUGUCCUGAACCUGAAUUAACACUAGGCUCUACAAAGCACACUGAUAUGGACUUCAUGACAAUUCUGCUGCAAGAUCAGAUGGGUGGUCUUCAAGUUCUUCAUGAUAAUCACUGGAUUAAUGUUGCGCCUGUGCAUGGUGCACUUAUUAUAAACAUUGGAGAUCUUCUACAGCUUAUGACAAAUGACUUGUUCAUCAGUGUUUAUCACCGAGUAUUAUCAAGAAAUAUAGGCCCUAGGAUUUCUGUAGUAAGCUUCUUUAUGAAUUUCACUAUGUCCAAGUGUACAUCAAAGGUUUAUGGUCCAAUAAAGGAAUUGUUGUCAGAAGAAAACCCUCUAAUCUAUAGAGGCAUUACUAUGGCUGAUUUCUUGACACAUUAUUAUUCAAAAGGCCUUGAUGGGAACUCUUGCUUGCAGCCUUUCAGGAUAUGAAUCAUAUCUACAUAUAUAAAUAGGUGCACUCUGUACUCGUUAUACAUUAAGCCUUUGACUGUAAUUUUCUGUAUCUAAGAAAUUUAAAGGACAUUUGAUAUUUAUACUAUAUCGAAUUUGGAGUUUCUGUAAUAUGACAAUAACAUCAUAUAUCUUUUUCUGUUGUCACCCU